UACAAAUACUCUUUCCCCACUCCAUCAUUUGUGACUGACUGCAUUAACUACACUGCCUCUAAUUCACAUCCUCCUCACAUUGCAAGAGUGCACACAAAAUGGAAGGAAAAGAUGAAGAUGUAAGAGUAGGAGCCAACAGGUACACAGAGAGGAACCCAAUAGGAACCGCUGCUCAGUCUCAAGAUCAAGAUACCAGUAGCAGAGACUACAAAGAGCCUCCCUCAGCACCUUUCUUCGAGCCCGGCGAGCUGUCAUCAUGGUCCUUCUACAGAGCCGGCAUAGCAGAGUUCGUCGCCACGUUCUUGUUUCUUUACAUCACCGUGUUAACUGUGAUGGGUGUGGCUAAAUCCAAGAGCAAGUGUUCCACUGUUGGUGUCCAAGGCAUAGCUUGGUCAUUUGGUGGAAUGAUCUUUGCUCUUGUCUAUUGCACUGCUGGCAUCUCAGGGGGUCACAUAAACCCAGCAGUGACAUUUGGGCUGUUCUUGGCACGCAAGCUAUCUUUGACCAGAGCAGUGUUUUACAUAAUUAUGCAGUGCUUGGCAGCUAUAUGUGGCGCGGGUGUGGUGAAAGGGUUCCAACCACACCAAUAUGAGAGGCUUGGUGGUGGUGUAAACACUCUGAGUAAAGGAUAUUCCAUAGGUGAUGGCCUUGGAGCAGAGAUUGUUGGCACAUUUGUGCUUGUUUACACUGUGUUCUCUGCUACUGAUGCCAAGCGAAACGCACGAGACUCGCACAUUCCUAUUUUGGCACCACUACCCAUUGGUUUUGCUGUGUUUCUGGUGCAUUUGGCUACAAUUCCCAUCACUGGAACUGGUAUCAACCCUGCCAGAAGUCUAGGUGCAGCCCUUAUUUUCAACAAGGACCAAGCGUGGGAUGACCAUUGGAUAUUUUGGGUAGGGCCAUUCAUUGGGGCAGCACUUGCAGCUCUGUAUCAUCAGAUAGUGAUCAGGGCCAUUCCCUUCAAGUCAAAGUGAUGCAACAUUGAAGUUUAAACAUGACUUAAAAAUAAUAACUGGAUGAAUCCGAGACAGGAUUACAAACACAUCUCAUCCAAUAUAUAUAUAUAUAGAUCACCUACAUGUCUUACUAAUUUAUAUGUAAUAAUUAUCCGUUCAAAGCUCAUUUAUAUAUGUGCACACAUGCAAUUUAUAUUGCAUGUAUUAAUAUA